GGCACUUCCCACACUCCUCCUCUUCCCCCCAUCACUCUCUCUCUCUCUCUCUCUCUCUCUCAAACCAACCUCCCACCCAUAAAAACAAACCCACAUUUUCAAGAACGGAGAGAUAGAGAGUGAGACAACGCAAGAACAAUGAUGUCCGGAGCAAGAAUGAGAUCAAGUUUGUCUGAUAGCCCCAAGACCACCAAAGCCACCAAUAAUGGACCACCCUUGUCUGCCAGGACCUUCAGAGGCUCAGCAAAGCCGACCAGUAAGGUGACGCCGCGUGUCGCCGGAGCUUGGAGCAUGAGUCCUCUGAUGGAGGCUUUACCUGGCUCUCCACCACCUGUUGGUAGCAGUGGCUCCAGCCCUAUCAGCUCGUUGAGCUCCAAGACUUGUUCUCCCAAAUCAGAGAAGACUAGUUUCUUCUCUGACAUGCCUACAAAUGCGUCCACCCCAAGAAACCAGGAUGGGUUGGAGAAUGCCAAAGACUAUGGCCGGCUCUGUCUCACCAAUUUCCAGAACAAUCCUCACAAGGGUUCCUGCCUGAGCAAGCUGUCAAUGGCCUCGGAUCCUCACCAUGAAAUUGUUGAGCACCAAUCAAACUCAGAGAGAGAGGAGAGGUCUGUUGAUGAAGAGGAUAGCCAUUUGGCAUGUGGGGAGCAGAGCACAAAUGAAGAAUCCGAUGGCGGCGGAAGCCCGAUUGCCGGAAGAGAUAAGCUGAUGGAACGGCCGAAGCCGUACCAUGAGUUCUUGGAUGAAGUCAAGAAGCAGGAGCUGCAGGCUGAGGUUGAGGCAUGGAAGAAAGCUGAGCAAAUGAGGCUUAUGACCAAGUUGAGAAGAGAAGAAGCUGCCAUUGAGGAAUGGGAAUUCAAGCAGACCAGCAAGGCCCUGAAGGACAUCAAAAAGCUUGAGAUUAAACUGGAGAAGCAACGUGCAAAAGCAGUGGAAAACACAUGGAAGACAAUAAGCUUGACCAAAGAGGAGGCAAACAGGAGGAAGAUAAGAGCAAGGCAAUGCACAAUCGGAAGAAUAUCAGCAGUUUCAGAAAAUUAUCAGAAGUCCAACUCCUCCACCAAGAGCUUAAUUUGGAACAAACUCACUGUUUACUGCAAGUCCAUGUAUUUCAAAUCUGUGCAAGGCAAGGUGCCAACAUCAUCAGAAAGGCAACGGUCGUUAAAGUAGUUUCCUUUCUCAUAAGCUAUCUGACAUCGAAUAAAGUUAGAUGUGUGCCAGAAAUCGUUGUAACCUUAUGUCAUGAAUAAACUUGGGUAUGUGCAAGCAAUCCCUUAAUUUCUAGUGGAAAACAGAGCAAGUCUUUCAAAAGCA